AUGGUGACUGUGACUCGGGGAGAACAAGUUCAUCUUUUACAAGUCCCACUUGAUUUAACAAAUGAAAAUUUCGAUUUUUCAGAUUACGUCAACCCAAGUACCCUUGGGUUUUGUCCAGUUGGCAUCGACGCAGACAUUUCAAUGCUUUCAAAGUCGUUUAGCGGAGAGAUGAAACAAACAAACAACUAUUCAGACUUACUUGAAAUACUUAAUCAAAUCAAUUCAUUUUCGAAGAGUGGAGUAGAUGCUCGUGUCUGUGUUUUAACAGAAAAUGUCGUGUCUUCCGAAAUUUCGUUUGUUACGGAGUCUAAUUUUUCAUAUCCGACGCACUUCGUGUUAUUCGCAAAUGAGAUCGGGGCGAUCAAACAAAUAUCGAAAAUAGUUGAACAGACUGGGGGAUCAUUUCAUCAGUGGAACUAUGAAAAUGUAUAUCAAGUCUUUUUAAAGGACCUGUUUGAUAGACUGUUGUGUGUGCGAACGCGGGGAGGGAAGAGGUUGGUGGUAGUCAAACAUGAAACGGUCACGCCAGAAUUUACUGACGAACAGUAUAAUACAGUGAACGCAAUGCCAAGUUCAACUCCAUUUACACAUUUCUAUUUUAAACUCAAAUUUGGGAAGUUGUAUAACUUGAACUAUUUCCAGGUGAUAAUUGAAGACGUACUCCUCUGUGGCGGAGAGGCUAUUCCAUACACCCGAAUCGAAACUGUCAAAGUUGGUUCAACGAAAGACACCCUCAGGUUCUUCGACAAUUAUCCACUUUCACUUGCACUGAAUGCUGUGCUCCACCUCCAGCACGAAGAAGCAACACACGUCAUUCAAAAUGCAAUUAAAUACAAUGCUGUUUGUAAGCAGCACACAGUCGUUAAAGAGUUGAACAGAGUCCUUCCAGUAAUUAUCAACAGUGGUUUGUAUGCAAAAGAAGGGACACUCUCUGAAAUGUCGAGGUACUUGUUGCUUCGACAUUCGGAACUCUACGGGAUGGAUGUGUUCUUUCCUAAGAUGUUGGUCUUCACAUCUCUCUGUUCUGUUGUAGAGAAGCAAGACAAAAAGAGUUUGGAGGAACUCAAGAAGAUGGACGCUGCUGUUGUUCUGUUUCCGUGCCAACGUGUUCUAUUAGUGAUAUACAGUAAGAGGAUUGUUAAGCCAGGAAUUCCACUUCGAGACAAUUUGAAGAAGGUCACACACCUUCUAGCAGACAUCUACAAGUUCAAUAAAUUUGACCAACGAAGACCCCAGCGAUACGUUGUGUGCGACUUCUUAAUUGACGACCCAGCGCUGAGAAUGUACAUUCAAUGA